GGACUGUUGCGCCGACGCGCUACUUGCCGGCACACCUGAGACAACAAAAUGGCGCACCCGGCAGGAGACGUAAAGCCUGGUAAUACCACACAACAGUUACUAAAACUGGGAGCGGACUUGCUAAAAUAUUUCAUUUUCGAGGGAGUUCGCCGCUACGGAGACCGCAGCGCCGGGGUGGUGGUGACCCGGGAGCAGCUGGGCGGGGGUGAGUUGUCCAAUGACAACCACAAGCAGCUGGCUGAGUGCCUGCUGAAGUUCGCAGACGAAAUGGACGGCAAUGUUAAGCUCGAUAAGAUGAUAGAAACAUGUCCACCCAACAAGGAGAUCUUUAUGAAAGUGGCCCUUGCAAUCUUCUCAGAUGGAGAGCUCACCUGGGGCCGAGUGGUCGCCCUCUUUUACUUUACCUGUCGACUGGUCAUUAAAGCUGUCCUCCAUAACAUCCCUGACAUCAUCAGAACCAUCAUCAGCUGGACCGUGGAUUACCUCCGGGAGAAUCUUCUCAGCUGGAUCAGGGAUCAAGGAGGCUGGGAGGGUAUUCGGGCCUACUUGGUCACCCCCACUUGGCAAAAGUUGGCCGUCUUCUUGGCUGAUGUUCUCACCGCCGUCACCGCCGUCACUCGGAAAAUGUGAGCAAAAAGACUUCGAUGUGGACGAGAAGAAGACUUGGAAUUGGGGGUUCAAUCAGCAAAAAUGAUUCACCGGGCGCGGCCACCGCUGCUGCUCACUGCUCCCCUCAGAUCCCAGGGGGGUGAUCAAGGGUGAUGGGUCAAAUGCAGAGAAUAAUUUCGCCAUGUCAGCAGCUAAAUAAAGAUAGGGGUGUUGAACUCAUUUUAUAUUGGGAGAGAAAAAUCUACUCCCAAGUGUGUAAAAUCACGGCACGAUAACUUAAAAGUAAAGACAACUUCAGAUUGUUUUCUUUGUUUAAAAAAAAAAAAGAACAAGCACGUUUUGAAAUUGUACAAAUCAUAAUGUUGUUUUUUUUUUUUACAAUUACCUGUUGCGGUAAUCAUCUGUAUACUCUAGCCUUUAAAUAGACCUCCUUUUUAGACCAGUUGAUCUGCCGCUUCUUUUCUUUCUCCUAUGUAUACCCCCUCGCAUGUGGAGGGGGUCCGGUCCGAUGACCAUGGAUGAAGUACUGGCUGUCCAGAGUCGAGACCCAGGAUGGACCGCUCGCCUGUAUCGGUUGGGGACAUCUCUACACUGCUGAUCCGCCUCCGCUUGAGAUGGUUUCCUGUGGACGGGACUCUCGCUGCUGUCUUGGAUCCGCUUCGAACUGAACUCUCGCGGCUGUGUUGGAGCCACUAUGGAUUGAACUUUCACAGUAUCAUGUUAGACCCGCUCGACAUCCAUUGCUUUCGGUCCCCUAGAGGGGGGGGUUGCCCACAUCUGAGGUCCUCUCCAAGGUUUCUCAUAGUCAGCAUUGUCACUGGCGUCCCACUGGAUGUGAAUUCUCCCUGCCCACUGGGUGUGAGUUUUCCUUGCCCUUUUGUGGGUUCUUCCGAGGAUGUUGUAGUCGUAAUGAUUUGUGCAGUCCUUUGAGACAUUUGUGAUUUGGGGCUAUAUAAAUAAACGUUGAUUGAUUGA